AUGCCCGUAGUUGUGACGAGGAAAACGACAGGAGGAAGCAACAGAACACAUAAACAAGACAAAAAACCGUCUGACCUCAAAACGUUGCCAGCUGAAAUCUAUACGCCGUCCGAGCCACCAGCUUGCGGUCUCCUCAUCGACACUGGCAAAGAAUACCUUCUUGCAGGUAAAAUUCACAACGGUACACUGCUAACUGUGCUGUGCGGUCAAGUGCUUGUCGACAAUCCCGCGGAAGAACUCUACGAGAAUGUGCUUGAGUGGAAGAAAGUGCCUAAGCAAUUACAAGAGAAACUUACUACAUUCAAAUGCUGA